CGUCUGGCUGAUAAGGGGGCGUGUGGAAAGGUGCUUGUUGCCAGACACUUUCCUACUUGCUGUACAAGUGUAGACAGGGCUAAACCCAGCAAAGAAUGGCUGCCAAAAGGGCACUAGUGAUCCUGGCCAAAGGGGCAGAAGAGAUGGAGACUGUGAUCCCCACUGAUGUUAUGAGAAGGGCAGGAAUCAAAGUAGUUGUUGCGGGUUUAGCAGGGAAGGAUCCUGUACAGUGCAGCAGGGAUGUGGUCAUCUGUCCUGAUAUGAGCUUAGAAGAUGCUCGAGCACAGGGACCCUAUGAUGUAGUGGUACUUCCUGGAGGAAAUCUUGGUGCUCAGAAUUUGUCAGAGUCUCCUGCUGUAAAGGAUGUAUUGAAAGAACAGGACUCCAAGAAGGGCCUUAUUGCAGCCAUUUGUGCAGGCCCCACCGCUCUCCUGGCUCAUGGAAUUGGAUUUGGAAGAAGUGUCACCACACACCCCCUGGCUAAAGACAAAAUGAUGGCAGGAGAUCACUAUAAGUACUCAGAAAAUAGAGUGGAGAAGGAUGAGCAUUUUAUCACAAGCCGUGGACCUGGUACCAGCUUUGAGUUUGGCCUGGCUAUCGUUGAAUUCCUCCUUGGACGUGAAGUGGCUGAUCAAGUAAAGGCACCUUUAGUACUGAAAGAUUAACCAAAGCAUUUAAUUAUGGUUAUGUUGCACUUAGCCCUUAGUGAUCGUGGUACAAUGCAUUUCAAUACACUUUUUUUCCUUCUUCGGUUUGUUAACUCUGUAUCCAGUUUUGUCGAAUAGUUUUAUUUGGCAAUCCAUUCUAAAGUUAGGGCAAAAUAUAAUAAAUAGCACUUAAUGAGUCUGUUAUGAACAUGCAAUUUGUCAAACGUAAAAUAAAUUGGUCAAUUAAA